UUUGACUUUUUUACAAUCUCUGAGUCCCUGUCACUCACUAUUCACUAAUAUAAGGCUGCUCAGUGCUCUUCUUUUUCUUGUUCAACGAAAAUCGAAAGUCUCCUUCUCCGACACGCUACCUAUAGUCCUAUCCAAUGCCCACUUCCGACGACUGCUCCGAUGACGCCUGCAGCAUUUGUCUUGAACCCUACACCGCCAACGACCCCGCCACUAUUACCAGUUGCAAACAUGAUUAUCAUCUGCAUUGUAUUAUUGAAUGGUCACAGAGAAGCAAAGAGUGCCCAAUAUGUUGGCAGUUACUUAGCUUACAAGACCCCACCAGCCAAGAGCUUCUAGCUGCAGUGGAGGCUGAAAAACGCUUAAUAUCCAGGAAUGAACAUUCAUCUUCAUACGCCAGCUCUCCUAGUCCCCUUGAACGACUCAAUGAUGAUCAUGAUUAUCCUUGUUCAGAUGACUCUGAUCUUGAUGAGCAACUUAUGCAACACCUAGAUGCUACUGCAGCAAGCACAACUGGUCAUAUUCACAGACGAAAAAGGCAGAGAUAUUAUGGUGCAGGUCCAUCAGAGGUGCUUGUUUCAAAUUCUUCUAUUCCAGCUUCUAGGAUUCAGCCACCAUCUGAGGGUAGUGUAUCAUCAUCUUCUGAGAGUGAAGUCUCUUUAAAGCCCAGCUGGCAACCACUUGAGAGUGAUAGGAGAGUGAACACUUCUGAAAUGUUCUCCUUCCCCAAGUCCAUCAAGUUCAAAUUUUCUGCUGCUUCGGCAAGAUAUAAGGAAUCAAUUUCAAAAAGCACUCGAGGCCUUAAAGAGAAGUUGAUUGCUCAUAAUGCCUCAGUGAAAGAGCUCAGUAAAGGUGUUCGGCGUGAGAUGAAUGUAGGCAUUGCUGGUGUUGCAAAGAUGAUCGAACGUCUUGAUCUUUCGUCGAAACGGUCAAGUACCAUCAGGCCAGUCAAUGGUGGUAGGGGCAUCUCUAUCAUCCCCUUCAAAGGGAAGUCUGUCCAGCAGAAUAAUGCCAUUGAGCAGCAGCAAUCUGGAGUUUUCGUUUGUCAUAUUAGUUCAGACUCUCCAUCUCUUGUUCCUCCACCAACUCCAAGUGUUCAGGACUGAACAAAUGCUGUGAAGACUUAAGCUGGGAUUAACAAAUCUACCACGCUAUGCUCUGUCACCAGUCCAGGAAGAGGCCUGCAGUGCAAGAGACGUCCUGGUAGCCAAUGUACCUGUUGGUACGCGUCCUGCAUAUGCUCAAUAAUUUCUAGGAGUUACGGAUUAUUUAUGAUCCGUUUACAGUCAAGUGCUUUCUUCUAUUCUGAAUAAGUGCCUAUCAAAUAGAUACUGUGAACUGCAUUGAUUCUUAUUAUCUUAUCCCAUCUAUGUUGCUUUCUUAAGAGCCUUUCACAUGCCGAUACUUGCAUUGAUCUGAAUGAAAUAGUAGCGUUUCUCUGACA